AUAUAAUAUAACUUAAUUUCUUGAUCUCUGCAAAAACAAUCAAAUAAUUUCAGCCAAUCAGAGUGAUCUUCGGGUCUGGCUCCUCCCCUUGCUCUGACUCAUGUUGUCCUGUUUUGACUGCAGCACGUGAGCCUCCGCCGCGGUACAUGGAGUCCCUGCAGGAUCAGCUGGAGAGGGGAUGUCCAGGAAACGAGCAGCGGAGCCGGAGUCUGGAUCCAGUGACUCCCCUGAGAGCAAGCGGACCUGCUGGGGGGUUCUGAUCAGCCAAGGUUCCUGGGCAGAUCGCUCUCCGCUUCAUGACGCAGCCUCUCAGGGUCGCCUCCUGGUCCUACGGAGGCUGCUGGCUGAGGGAUAUCAUGCAAACAUCAACACCAUCGACCGUGUGACGCCCCUCCAUGAAGCUUGUCUGUCAGGACACGUAGCAUGUGUUAGAGCGUUACUAAGUGUUGGAGCUAAUGUGAAUGCUGCCACCAUCGAUGGCGUCACUCCUCUGUACAACUGCUGUGCCUCAGGGAGUGUGGCCUGCAUGGAGCUGCUGCUGCAGAGCGGAGCGCACACCCACGCACGUCACACACACUUCCCUUCACCUUUGCAUGAAGCCUGCAGGAGAGGAAACAGCCAGUGUGUGGAGUCCCUUCUGUCUCAUGGAGCAGAUCCAGACUACCAGCUCCCCCACCUGGGCUCUCCUCUCUAUGUCAGCUGUCUGCACCGACGCACCGCCUGCUCCAAGAUGUUGUUGGACAGCGGUGUGUAA